CAACACGUGUCCCACACAGUGGAAGAAGGGACCGGAAAGGGACCCUCUACCGGAAGAUGGAAAAUGGAGGCGGUAGUGUUCAUUCUAUCACUUGUGGACUGCUGUGCACUGAUUUUCCUCUCGGUGUACUUUAUUAUCACCCUGUCUGAUCUAGAAUGUGACUACAUCAAUGCUAGAGCCUGCUGCUCCAAGCUGAACAAAUGGGUAAUUCCAGAGAUGGUUGGCCAGUGUCUUUCCACUAUGCUGAUGUUGGUCUCCAUGCACUGGUUCACCUUCUUCCUCAAUCUGCCUGUAGCAGCCUGGAACAUUUAUAGAUAUGUGAAGGUUCCACUAGGAAACAUGGGCGUGUUUGACCCCACUGAGAUACACAACCGAGGUCAGCUCAAGUCCCACAUGAAGGAGGCCAUGAUUAAACUGGGUUACCACCUGCUCUGCUUCUUUAUUUAUUUGUAUAGUAUGAUCCUGGCUCUGAUCAACGACUGAUGCGCCCUGCACACGCCCACAUUCAGGCGUCCAGGCUUUGCUGCCCCCUUCCCCCCUCCCCCCGGACCCCCCUCACACCCUGCUCCUAAUCUGUAUGCAUCUACAGCAGAGAGAAGAAGUUUACUGUCACUCAGGUGUAACUGAACUGCAAACGGCUACGGCUUUUUCAUUUAAUACUGAGGUAGACAUUUAACCAUCUGGCACUUGAGUACCAUCAUAAAACAUCUCUAAGCGCUGUGUGUUAUUGUGAAGGGGAGAAGUUAUGAUGUAUCUCUUCAACCUCUAUAUGCACUUCUAUAACCUGUGUUUUUUUUAUUAAGUAAAGACAAUACUGACAUAUUUACUGUAAGAAAGAUGAGCCUUUUUUACAUUCAAGUGAGCAAGAAAGAUUUCUAGGGCAUAGAGAAUCAAAACAGUAGUAAAAGCCCAACACUGAGAAAUAUUUCAGUGUCACUCUCAAGAUAAGGUGGGAAACUUGCGCUCUUCCACCAAAUAGUGUUUGAACUUGAAAACAAGAACUGGGACAUUCUGUGUGCUAUGAGGUGCUGAUGAACAUAUGUACCUCCUUGGAGUUACUUUUUUUUUCUCCUUCUAUUCCAACCAUUCACCGAACUCCUGAGAUGGCGGUGGUGAGAAUCCAGAUAUUCCAUCAUACACGCAGCAACCAUUCAUCUGGCUCGAGCUUGAUCUGACCUGCUGCUCAUCCGUGUGCGCGUGCAUGUUGCUAAGGUCCCCAGAGUUCAGCCAUGUCAUUUAACAUGGAGCUGUUUCUUAUAGGCCAUGACAGAGCUCUCCUAUUACCAUUUCAGUCUUCAUCUUUUCCUGUAUUCAUAGUUGUGCCUUUUUCCUUAUUUCUCCCCCAAAGAUGGUAAUCGUCUACUGCCGUUUGCCAUUACCUUUGUUUUAUGGCCCCUUUGUUUUACAGUAAGAGACACAGUUCCAAAUUAAUAAUAUUCAAUAAAUCAACACAUUUAUCAUUUAUUUUAUCUCAUGAGAUAAAAUAGGGAACCGCAAGAGCUGAAUCUUCAUCGAAGGUCCGUUGCUGUGAAGGACUUGUCCUGGCAUCCUCUUCAUCAGUUUGAAUGUAUACAUUAAUGGUCUCUUGCUGUCUAAGGCCCCUUCCUCCUCCUAAACUUCUUCAGUUCACAUAUUCGGUUAAAGUAUUACCAGUUUACAAAAGGAAAUGCUGAAGUUGCAGCUCUAUGAUAUUGUUUUAAAAUAAUAAUAUACUUUAACACUAAGCAUCACAUGGUGCAUCGGUGGGCCUGUUGUGACUUCAUGCAACCACCCACCACAGCUCAGCCCACGAUGUCAGGUUCCUCUGCUCAUUAGUCAGUACAGAUUCUAUGGGUGGCAGUUUGAAUAGAACUAUUGGAAGCGACCUCAGUCAUGAACUCAUUUACUGAAUGUCCUUUGCAAUAAUAAUAAUAGCAUGUGUCUCAGCGUGGUGUGGGACCUAAGAUCAAUAGGGUUAUGUUUGAUUCACAUUCAACUCUUAUGCAGUGUGCUGGGGGGGUUUUUUGGAGGGGGGAGGGGGUCAUAAACAAAAAUUAAAGACCAGUUGUGUGUCUGAAGCAUGUCCACUUUUACUUCCUAUGGCCUUACUUCCUAUUGUUUGUUUCCUCUCAAUGUAUUAUGAGAAGAAAACCGUCAAGCCAAGUGAAAUAUUUAGAGAAUAUGUUAGGUUUUUAUAAUCGCAAAGCAAAAACAAAUGAACUUCAACACAUUCAGGGUUCAAAUGCUGCUUCCAAAACAGCAGCAUGUCAUAAUAGUCUACAGACGUUUUAGAUUGACUUUAGUUACUUUAUCUUAACGUCAGGACAAUCCUGUUUUAUUUUUAGUCUCCAGGAAAGUGAUGUCUGUGUUAACAUAAACGUUCAGAAAACCAUGACUGACAAACAAUGUUGAUUACACGGCGUUUGUCAGUGUACUUUUUUAAAGAACUGAAGUGUAAAAACUGUAAACACUUAUAUAUAUUACAAAAAUAUAUCAAAGUUAGGCAUCAUCUGCUUAAUGGAGAAAACUUCACUUUCUAUUCACAUAUCCAAGAUUUAUCAUUUGGAGUUUAGUUUAGAAAUCACAAAUUAGGCUCUGAGGUCGUUAAUAUCCAACGUCCUCUGUCCUCUCAUCGGCACAGGAAAAUCUCCCCCCUUAAAAACUUAACUGGCAAGAAAAAGGAAGAACCGUCAGGGAGAACUUGAGGAGGAUCCCUUUAUCAGGGUGUGAUAUGUCACGUAUACGAACAAAAGAGGAAAGUCUAAAGCUUGGUCUUAAAUGGGGUGACUAUGCCCCCUCCCCCCGGGACUGAAAGUGGAAGCUAGUUACGAAGAAGAGGAGCUUGAUAACUGAAGGCUCCCAUCCUGCUUUUAAAGACUCUAGGAACAAGUAGCCCGGCAUAUAUGGAGCUCACCUCUAGUAGGGCAGUAUGGAAUUAUAAGCUCCGUAAAAUAAGACGGUGCAGGGUCUGAAGGUUAUGUCACAUCGGAAGGUCACAUGACACCUGUCACAUGGCAGAGUUCCUUCUGGCAGCCAUUUUGGAUUUCUUUAAUCUUUAGUCCAAUUUGCUUGAUUAGUUGUGGUUGAAAUUUACUAUUUUUCUAACUAUUUUUUAUCUUUUCAAGUUUAACUUGCCACAAAUUCCUUACAUUUUAGUCAAAGUGUUUUUGUUUAUGAUGUAUAUGUCAAAUAUCCUUUUUUGUUAAAUGAUAUUGAAUAUUUCUGUAAAGCAAGUCUAGCCCUGGAAAUGUGUUCAUUGCAUUCAAACUUGUUCCGUAUAGAAUUUAAUCGGUUGACAGGUAUUUGAUCAUUCUGCAAAGAGGAAAAUAAAAACAGAUUAUAUGUCUUGUC